AUGACAAAUCAUACUCAAGGCAGGGCCAAGAGAAGUAAAGAAAUUCGUAAUGAGCGUCCUGGACGCGGGAUUGGCACCGCCGAUGAAGAAAAUAAACAAGCCAAACGGAGCAAAUAUUUACACGAGGAAAAGCCCACGCUGUCGAAGGGGGAAAAAGCAGAUGAAGUUGCUGCGAGAAAUGUGCCAGGAUGUCGCUAUGCCGAGUUUGCGCCGUAA